AUGGACACAUUGAAUGCUCAGCAGAAGCAAGCUGUGCAGUUUGACCCUAGUGCUGCUUUGCAAGUCGUGGCUGGUCCAGGGACGGGGAAGACAAAAGUAUUGGUCGCUAGAGUAGCUCACUUAAUUUUACAUUAUAAUAUUCCACCACAAAAUAUUGUUGUGACUACCUUUACUAAUAAAGCUGCAAUGGAAAUGAAACAACGUUUGAGUGUUUUACUUAAAGAUCAGGACGUUUCAUUGAAUGAUUUAAUUAUUGGAACUUUUCAUAGUGUUUGUCUUCGAAUAUUAAUGAGAUUUGGUGGAAUGAUUGGUUUACCCUCAGACUGGCGUAUUUUAGAUGAUAAAGAAACGGAUAAGAUUGUUAUGGAUACCAUUCAACAAAUGCCAGAUCAAAUUAGAGAUUAUGCUACAUCUUUUAAGAGAACAAUAAAUCUAUGCAGACCCUCUAAGAAAAAUGGAGAUAAUUGGGUAGUACAUCCAAAGAUUGUUAAACGUGAAAUUUCAAGAUUGAAAUCAUCAGCCCUUCUACCUGAAGAAUAUAUACAACAAUCUACACAUGAUGAAGCUCUCGCUUAUUGUUAUUCAAAUUACCAAACCCAAAUGAAUGCAUUGAAUGGGCUCGAUUUUGAUGAUUUAUUAAUGUACACUUUCCGUUUACUUUGUAAACAUAGAUGUUUACCCCAGAUUCAACAUGUACUUGUAGAUGAGUUCCAAGAUACAAAUAGUAUUCAAAUGGAUUUGAUGUUUUUACUGGCAAAAGGUAAUCAUCAUUUAUCAAGAGGUAUCACGGUGGUUGGUGAUCCAGAUCAAAGUAUAUAUGCAUUUAGAAAUGCUCUUGCUUAUAAUUUCCAACAGAUGGCUAACAAAUGUCCGUUACCUUGUUCCCAAGUCAUCCUUGUGGAAAAUUAUAGAUCAUCACAACGGAUACUUGAUACAAGUGAAACUUUAAUUAAUCAACAACAGCAUGGCAGACAACAAAGAUUGCCUUUAAGGGCACAGUUCGAUUGUGAUUUCCCUCCUGUCUACACAAAUUUCCCUGUUAGUUUUAUACAGGGCCCAUCCUUGGCCAAAGAAUUACUUUAUUUGAAAGCGUUACCAAAUUUGUUUACAUACGAUAGUUUUGCUAUAUUAGUACGACAACGUAGACAGAUCAAAUCAAUUGAAACGGCUUUGAUAGAACACCGAAUACCUUAUAAAAUUGUCAAAGGACAUGCAUUUUGGGAAUUGAAAGAGAUUACCUCUAUGUUGAAUCUAUUAAAUUGUAUAUAUUCUGAUAAUGAUUCAAAUGCAAUUGUCUCAGCUUUGACAUAUCCUGCAAGAGGAUUUGGCCAAACAUCAGCUUCCAAGAUGCUAUCAUUAAUGAAGGACAAACAGGUUAAUGAAUCAAUGUCUGCAAUGGAAACUUUAAGAGAAGUUUCGGCUGGAAAACAUAACCUUGGAAUGAAUGCCAAAGCAAAAUCAGUGAUUAACAAAUUUAUUAAUAUGAUCCAAUCUUGUAGAGAGAAAUUUCAGAAUACAUCAUCUAUGGCUACAACUUUAUCAGAGAUUUUUGAUAGUUUAUACAAGAUGUCAGAUAUGGAGAAUGAAUAUUUGACCCAAGACGGUAAAGAGAACCGUAAUAAUAAAGAAAAUAGUGCUAAUAGUAAUAAAGAUGCUAAUUUAGAUAACCCUAGACAUAAAAAUAUUCAACUUCUAAAAAAUUAUUUUUUGGAAACCAAAGAAGUUGAGCAAUUACCUACUGAUACUCAAUAUUCACUACCGAGAGAUGAUAGUCAAAAGGACUCUCCUAUUAUUGAACAUAUUCGAACUUUCUUCAACUCUUUAUCAUUAUUCACUGCCGAUAAUAUAAGCGACAGUGAUAAACAGGAUUCAAGAUUAAAGGAAGGUGCAGUUACAAUUUCUACGAUACAUGGUUCCAAAGGUUUAGAAUGGCCGGUCGUUUUCAUUCCAGGCUGUAUUGAGGGGAUCAUCCCAAGUAUUUUUCAGUCAGAUAAUAAAGAAGACUCUGACUCCGAUAGUUCUACAGGAGGCGACACUAGUAAUGAUAAGAAUUCGAAAAGACCAACUAACGCAGAUGAGAGUUUGGAUGAAGAGAGACGUAUGUUUUUCGUAGCCCAAACUCGUGCCAAAUAUUUGUUAUAUCUUUCUUCAGUUGAAGAGUCGAAUAGUCCCAUGUUUGGUGGGCCAAGCCGAUUUUUCACUCCAGAGGUAAUGAAAACUUUGACCGAUGAACAGAAAGCUUUGGAUUCAAUAUCAAACAUUAAUAAAUUGUAUCGUGCAAUAAGUGCAAAACCAGAGAAGUUAAAUGAGAAUUUUUCUUUUCAUACAUUAGUAAAAGAUUAUUCAAAAUUUGUUGAGAAUAGAAGAGAGUCGAUGAUUUGGGGAGGUAAUGUUUUAAGAAAUCUAGCUUCAUUAGAUCUAUCACGAAAUAAAUUAUCGAUGGCAACCCCGAUGUCUAGUUUCACUACUGCAGCCGCAGCCUUAAAGAUUGAAACUAAUAAUAAAAAGCAAUAUGCACCAUCAUAUUCGCCAACUAGAAGAACUCAAGGAGAAAGAUCAUUGCAAUUAAGUCCCAUAAGAAAAUGUGCCCCAACAAAUAAUAUAAACCGUUCACCAUCUCCAAAACGCCAAUUUGCACCACCUACGAGAGCUCCAGAAUCUCCAACAAAGAGAUUUGCACCACCACCGCAGUGGAAUAAUAAUGUUCGAAACCCUUCAGCCACAGGUCAAACUUCUCUACUAGAAUCUUCAUUUUCUAAAUCUUCCUUGGAGGAAAGAGUUUCGGACAGAGCAGGUUCCCAAUUUAGAAGAAAUGCGAGAAGAAUAACUUCUACGCCAAUUCAAUUAUCAGAAGUAACUGUUAGCCCUAUUAAUAACGAAGUACCGCCUCCAAGGUCUAAGUUUGAAGAUACCACUGCAGCUGAAAUCUUGCAUAACCCUGAUGAUUUAACAGUAGAUAAUAGACCUAUAAUAUCAAAUGCAAGAAAUCUUGCAAACGCUAUUAGAAAUCCAAUAUCGAAGGAAAAAACAACAAAGAAAAAGAAGGCAGCUGUAAAGAAAGAACCAUCAAAGAAUUCUGCAUCGUUGAAAUGUAAAACAUCUGUUAAGAAAGAGCCCAUAAAGGUUAAGCCAACUGUAAAGAAGGAAUCUGAGAACGAUCUGAAGUCUACCAAAAGCAGAAAAAGGGUUAAAGUAGUAGACCCUUCUUCCAGAGUCAAAAAGGAGGUAUCCUCAACCCAGGUCGAUAUCUUCUCACAAUUAGCUAACGCUAAAAAGAAGGCAAAAAUUGACAAAAGUGAAAUUAUCAUUUUAGAUGAUUAA